AGCUGCCAAAGGUAUCGAAUAUAUAAACAAACUCAGUUUACAAGUUUUGUGGUUUAAGGGGCGGCAGGCGUAAACAAACUUUCAGUCAUUAUUUUUAAUUUAAUAUUGUAGUAAAAUCUGGCUAAAAUGGCCAAUAGCAAAGAGAUGUGCCUAAGAGAAUGGGCGCCACUUACCGAAGUAAUGGAGCUUAUACCAGCAGCACGGCGGGGUUUCUUUCCCUCAAACCUAAAUAUUACCUGCGUUAAUGCCAUCGAAGACUUCCUCGCUUUGGGUAGCGACGCGGGUAUUGUCUUCUGGUAUAAUCGUCGGUCCGGUGAAAUGCAGAAACUCAAAGCAGAGGUAUCUACACGUAUAACGUGCGUAAAGAUAGUAAACUCAGUGGAAUACAUGGUGGCAGCUGGCAGUGCUAACGGUCAAGUUAGCGUUUUUCAAAUUCAAAAGGAGCUGCCACCGGACUUGGACUUGGUUGCGCCUUGCACACGCAGUAAGCCCAUUGAACGCUAUACGAUUCGGGAUUUACACCGUUGUGUAGUCAGCUGCUGUGAGUGGUCCAAGAAUGGCAUGAAGUUGUAUUCGGGUGACCGACAAGGCGUUGUUGUCCUCACGGAAUUUGAUUAUCAGACGCAUCAAAGUAAAUCCUUGGAGAUACUCAGUGAAGCUUAUGAGAUUGUACAGCUUAGCGUAUAUCAAAGUUAUUUGUUGGUGGCCACACUUUAUCGCUGCAUAGUCUGUCGACGCGAUGUGCAGACCAAUAAGUGGCAAAUCACCCAAGUGGGCAAAAAGGAUCGCAAACAACUUAUCGACUGCGGUGGAGUAUUCCUAAAACCAUCGACAACGUCAACGACAACAGAUAAUGUGCCACAAAUCAUUUGCGGACGACCAGGACUACGUUUUUGGGUAGCCGAUGCCCUUGGAAAUGUUGCCAAGACGAUUAUCUUUAACGAGGCGGUGUUAAAGAAUCCCGCUUGGGAGAUUCCAUUGCUGAAUCCUAAGCAACGCAGCCAUCUAUCAAAUGGCACUGAUGCAGCUGUUGCUAGCGGUAGCAACGAUGCCUUUGUGGCCAGUAGAAACUUUCGUGAAAUUAAUUUAUACGAUGGCCGGGAUGCGCUGCUAGUCACCCAUGACGAUGCCACAUUGUACAUACUUAAUCUGGAACGCUUGAGAGUUGAGGCCUCAGCUAGUGGCUUUCGUAAGAUUCUGGAUUUCUGUGUUUGCGGCAAGGAAAUAUUUGUGCUAGAAGGCGAGCGUUCGUUGCUACGCUUAGCUCCAAUGCCGGAGCCUCCGAAUAAAUCGGCCAAGGUUAUAUUCAAUCCAAUGAUGCCGCCACCGUUGCCAAUGAUGGGUGCUUCACCCUAUUCUAAGCUGGAACUAGAAUCACCAGUGGAAAUGGAGCCAACGUUAAAUAGCGCUGAGGAGUGCUUUGAAUUGCCGGCCAUAGAAAAAUUGGACUUGAAUGUGCCUAUCGAGCUGGCCGUUGAGUCUCCAUUGACCCAGCAAAAUCGUCGCUUGGAAAUCUUUCAGCGGAUCGGUGAGAUGGACUUUGAUCAAUCCAUUUUGCACACCAGCGGCACAACGAGCCACAAGAAGCGUAAAAUUUCGGUGGGCAAACAAAAUGCUGUUGUCGGAGGAAUCGUGGAAAUCGGACAAGAGACACACGAACGCAGAUUGCCUCUGACCAGUGCGGCAACUCUCAUGGAAGCCAGUUACUGCCAAAUGGAGAACAAUGGAUUGGUUUCUCCAAUGGAUAUUAAAGCCGCGUUUAUACAGCAUCUGCCGGAUGCGUUGACUCCAACCACAUUGCAGAAAACCAUUGCGGAAAAGGCCAAAAGUUUGGCAGCCGAAUUGGAUUUACCGGAAGUGCAUUUGGCUCCAGUCAAUGAGGAGGAGCUACGCUCUAAGCUUACGCCACAGACAACUACAUCGUUGAUCAACUGUUAUCCCUCCAGGCUUGAGACGACCAGUGUGCAGACAACGCCACGCAAAAAAGCCGCAAUUGACGAUGCUGAAGAUUACAGUACCGGGCAGCCUGUGGAUGGCAUUUGUGCAAGCACCUCAAAGGCCUCGGUGGCUCCCUUAAAAUUCGUGAAAUCUCAACCAAAAUGCAACGAUCAAUCCGAUCAGAAAUACACAAGUUUUCUGCCUGAUUUCCGUUGCGCUGGCGAUCCAUUCAAAAAGGAGGCGGCACCGCCAACAGCUGAUUCGAAUUCAUCUAGUGAAUGGGAAUUCCUGGAUAAUUAAACCCAGACCAGUAUUUUAUGUUUAUUUAGUUCAGCAUAGAGUUGAAAGUUUAUAUUAACGCUUACAAGUUUUGCACGUUUAAUUGGUGGUAUUAAUUUUAAUUCGUUCUCUUUUAAUUGGUUUUAAACUAUAGUAUUUUUGAUUCUAUGUUGUGUGCUUCAAAUUGUGAUUAUCAUGUGUUAAUGUUGUUAAAUUAAAGCUUAUUGUACAAAAGAUCUACAUAUAUAUACAAUUUUACUAAAAUGUAAAUUAGUCUUAAAGAAUCAAACUUAAGUCAUUGCAUUUAAGAGCAUCUGUGAAACGUAAUUUGAUUAUUAUAAGUUGCAAACAUUUUAUUUUUUUAAGGCCUUAGAGCAUCUGUGACAUGUAUAUUGCUUUUUAAAAUAACUGAUUGUAAGUCUAAGACCCUUUUACAUAAUCCAAUAAAAAUAAUAUACAAUACACACAUCAAACUCAGACGCAGGAAACGAAUUUCUUACUGAUUAUAUUCGCAUGACUUGGCGAAAGUGACGAUCAUGUGCAUAAUUGUUAUCCACGAUAUUGCUGCAUGUGAGGGAAACGAGACGCCUACAAAAAUCCCAUGCAUGUCAAUUGAAAGAUUAAUGUAGUGAGCUCUGAAAGACAUGCUUAAUAUUAAGUAAGACUAGUGAGCGAAUAUAAUUUCAAAUUAGGAAUGAACUUUUCAAGGGAGUGUAGUGGAAAAUUGAAAACCAGUCAAUAAAUUCAAAAUCUUGUAUUAGCUUUAAGAAAUUCGAUUUUUAUUAAAUGUAAUCAAAAAUAAUAAAAACAAUUCGGAAUUGUAAACAUUUUUUUUAAUAGCUAUUAAAUCAAUUUUGGCAAAGGACUAGCUUAAUAGUCAAUAAUUAAAGGUAUAUUAACAUAUACAUAUAUGGAAGUGAAGAUCGAGGUGAAGAACCCAAUGAAUCGUUCCAUGGAGCAUUAUCUAAUACAUAACUUUUACGAUAAUUUAUAGAUGUAUUAAAGCAUUUCUACCCUCUCUCUUCAAAGCCCAGCCUAUUCAUACCAUAUUGAUGAACAAAUUGUAAUUUGAGAGCUGCUCUCUGCGGUCAAUUGACUGCAAUGAUGGAAAGUUUUUGCAUGCACUUUAAUGGGACGCAUCUAGAAAUUUCUAGGAGCACAACUUUGAAAGUUAAAGCUAGUAUGAUUGACAACCUUGAAAAAUGAGCGAGGUAGCGUUAGUUAAUAGAAAAAUAAAAUGACACUCGCAUUUGAGCAUUCAAAUCAUAACAAAUAAAUUUACGCGCUUAAAAUUUUCCACCACGAAACCGAGCCAAUGAUUGAAAUUGAAAUUAUGUCUAUACACUUUGUACUUAGAAUGAAUGAAGAGCUUCUGCUCACGAGCUUCAAGAUAUCACUUUGAGAAAACAAGGAAAAUUUCUAUGUAAUAAUGCUUCAAUUCAUUUCAGUCCCUCCUGUUCUGUCCGCAUUAUUCAAGCAUUAACAGGUCCAUGGCAAAUACUGCUAGGUUUUGUACUCGCCAUGUAAUUUCAAACAUUCAAAUGUGUGUGUGAAAAGCGAAUAUUUCCCUUAAGAAGUUUAAUGGUUCAAAACUUUCAAAAAGUUCACAAUCUUAGCAGUUCAUUAGUGGUUCCGUGAACAAUGCCUGGGGAACGAACGUUUGAUUUAUCUAUUGGCAGACAACGCGCGAAGAGCAACAGGUCUGCCUAAUUGGAUAUUCAUAAUUUUCGUAGCUCACAAUGUUGUUGCUAAUUUUAUGUGUUGUUUCUUUUUGUGGAUUCGUAAAUAUUUACUUUUGCCAAAAUUCAAAACCGUUUUAUGCGGCGAUCUGUUGUGAUAACUUUUUUCUGGACUCAACUGAAAUUUGAAAUGAAAACACACACACGCUCGCACAUGCAUCCAAGUUAGCGUACGUGCUCUCUUUGUGUGGGAGAGGAACGCUUUCUGUACGACAAAGCCGGCAAUUGGCGUGUUUCUCUUGACAGAACAAAGAGUGCCGUAGAGAAAUGGCAUGGCAUCGCGGCAAAUAAAAGCGCGUCGCAAUGCGCUCUUGUUCUCAUUAGACGGUGAACUUUUGCUUUGCACGGAUCCCAGAAUUUCUUAGACCGAAAAUUCGCGUCAAAAUCAGCAACGGCAAAAGCACAAAAAAAAAACAA